ACAGCAGAUUCUGGAAAACUGAUUUCUAGACGUCACUUGGCGUGUGGCUGUGGUGGCUUGCAUGUGGCUAUUCGUACUCCACGAGAUCAAUUUACACCUUAAACAUGCCCGAUUAUUCUCCACAACGAUCCUCUGCUAGUGUACCAAAGAUGACAACACAGACGAAAAUGACAGAGUUGCAACGCGAAUUGGCUGAUUACGAUCUCCACAUUCACAAAGAUCGGACUAGACAACUUUCCGAACUUACAGCGCUCACUAGUAAACACACAGAACCAACGGACAACGGCACACCGAUGAAAGGCAGAGCUAGGCGGAAGAGAGAACGCGCGCUAUCUCCGAUCACCAAAAGCCCGAAGCGCGUGCGGCCCGAAACUGUGGUGCCUGUGAUCGAAGACCCAGAACAACCACAACAACCGUUCAGUCCAAGCGACACGAUCGAAGUACAUCUCAGUGACGACCACGAUGAAGAGGACAACCAGUCCCAGCAGGAAUUGAGCAGUCAUGCAAAUCAGGCACACAAUCUCUACCAUGACAUGUUUGAAGAGCACGCAAUGGAACGCCAGACCUCGCCAAUUCUUGCUAUCGAGUUGUCGGAUGGUGAAGUCCCCGACAGGGAGGCUUCCGCCAUUUGUUCAUUGCGACCUUUAUUUUCGAUACCAAAAACGUCGCUCAGCAGGGUCGAAGACUCUCAGGGGAAACUCGACGAUGCCGUGAUUUGUGCUGUCUUGCAAGUUUUGCAACAAGCCGUGGGAUGUGAACGACUUCGAUCUGUGGAUUCCUUGUCUGUUGAUGCAUCAGACCAUGUCACAACAGACUUUGGGUCUGCACGAAUCCUUGUUCUAAUUCAUCUUCCAAAAACAGAACACUGGGUAUUGGCACAUAUCAAAGAGUUUCGUGAAGAGAUUGAUGUCUACGACUCUUAUCCACUCCUAGAUGAUCAAGGAAGUGUCGAGAAAAGAUUCUAAAGUGGUACAAGAAAUCCUUUGGAGAUUGCAACAACGCCAAUAUCUCAGUCACUGCACCUUGGUGUCAGACAAACGAUUUCGACUGCGGC